UUCUAAGUGCAAUUAAUAAAAAAAAAAAAGUAAUAUAAAAAAUAAAAAAACUAUUUAAAAAUAUCAAUUUAUAUUUGUAAAAAGAAAAAAAAAAUAAAUUUUUUUAAAUAAGAAAAUUAGAACAUGAAUUUAUGCAUAUAUUCAUAUGUAUAUGUAAAUAACAAAAUAUAUAUUUAAUAAUAGGAAUCAGUAAAAAAUUAAAGCAAAAAAAAAAAAAAACAAAAAAUUUAUUUUAACGACGAGAACCUUAAUGUCACUAGAACAAGGAGUUAAAAUUUCAAAUGCUAUUAAUACGGCUACAAAGGGAACUACUAAGUUAUCUAAAAUUUCGGAAUAUAAUAAAAGUAUGGUUCUAUCAGCAAUGCCCUUAGAUCAAAGUAAGAUUGUAGUUCAACAGUCAACUGUAGGAUCUCGUUUAACAGCAAUAACAAAUUCACAACAUACGUUACAACAACAACAACAAUUGACUAAUGGAAAUAUUGUAACUAAUUUCUCUCAAUUCAGUAGAAAUCCUCAAAAAAUAAUUGCAACUGGACUAAGUCAACCAAGUAGUAUGUCCACUACACAGAACGUUUCACAAGUAACGGCGAUGCAUUCUAGCUUGCAAUCAAAUCAUUCUAUCUCGCAAUCUACAUCUAAUCAACAGCAUUCAAUUUCUAAAAUUGUGGGAAGUACUUCAUCACCACAAUCACAAUCAAAAUUUGUUUUCUUUCAGCAAAAUGGCAAUGUACAUUAUGCAUCUAAUGAAGCGUUCAUUACAACCAGUUCUGCGUCACCAAAUAGCGUGGGGAACAUUGUAAUAGUUGCUACUGAACCGAUGGAUCUAAAUAAUGCUGACAACUUAUCGGGCUCUAUUUUGCACACUGCAAACGGAUCUGUUAUUCAAACGAGACCUAAUUUGAUAACAAAUGGAGAUGAAGAUUUGACCUCAUUGACUUGGCUGCAAGAUAAAAACCUAAUAAAAGGUAUUGUGUCUCGUAACAAUUCUAAUAGAAAUGUGCACAACAUUCAGUCCCCUACCAAAUUAUCAAAUCGAAGUAUAUCGCCGUCAACGGAACUCGUCGAGGAAACGGUUGUUCAUAAUGAAACAGGUGCAGAACUUAAUCUAGAUUCGUCAAAACAGCUCCAAACAAAUUCAAAUAUUUUAAACAAUGAAUCUUCAUAUCAAAAAGUUAUAACAUCACAAUCGAAUAAUAAAUCGAUUAUGCAACAUCAACAUCUGGGCUUUUCGCCAAAUCCUCGUCAAGUACAAGUGACCCCACAAAAUCAUGCUUUUAUUUCGUCACAAUUUUCAAAUAAUAUUGGUGGUCGCACCAAUAAAAGCCAAAUAUUAGCACCAGUGUCUUCUUCUUUUAUAACAACAUCAGCAUCUAUGAUUCCUGAACGCAUUACUAAUAAUUUAUCAAAUGUUGGGACAACAACCACCGUACAUGUAGGUCCAAGUGGUACCACUACUGUUGUUGAAUACAAGAACAAGGCAAACUAUAUAUCAUCAAAUUCCAAGCCGUAUUCAAAUGAAAUACAUCCUUCGAAUAUAUCAAAUUAUAGCCAAAAUGCUGUAAAUCCUAUAAAGAAUCAAUUAGUUUCAAAUAAUACUUUGCAACAAAAUAACCAAGUCGUGACUUCUAAUGUGUCUCCGAAUGCUUUACAAUCACUUACAGAAUCUUCGAAUAAGCAAAAUGCAUGCAAUAAUGUUGUAAAUCAACCACAGACAAUUUCACAAUCGACAACCCAUCAUCCCCACAAAAAAUAUCUGCGGGAGCAGAUGAGCGGCCGUGAACAAAGUAAAAUAACAAGUAAUAUUAGCCAGCCUAGUUUAAGUUAUCAGCAGAACAAUAAUGUAGAAUCACGAUGCAAUACCGGCAUCGAAAGCAUUAAUGAAACAACUAAAUUAUCAGCUGUUUGUGCUUCAGAUGUUGUAAACUAUUCGGGUGAUAGGAAAAAUAUCUCAAUAAUCAACAAAGUUCCCACAAAUAGCACCAACAAUUCUUCACAUAAAGAAUUUGUCCUUCCUAGCAGCGAUUAUACCAAUACAGUUUUUUCUGAGAAUUUAGGGACACCUUGUUCGACCCAAAUUAUAUACAAGGAAUAUGACACGGAAUCUGCUAAGGAUAUAAGCAAAAGAAGUAACAUAGUAGUUUCUAAUAAAAACUCAACCAUUUCGACCAAGGAACAAGCAUUAAAUUCUUUAACUAUACCCCUGCAAAGCCCAAAGCAAAAACAUCCAAAUAACAUACCAUAUGAUCCCAAGACCCAUGCUAAUGCAAAGCCUCCAUACAGUUUCAGUUCUUUAAUAUUUAUGGCAAUUGAAGAUUCAUCAGAAAAAGCUCUACCUGUCAAAGAAAUUUAUGCUUGGAUUGUACAACACUUUCCAUACUUUAAGACAGCGCCAACAGGCUGGAAAAAUAGUGUUCGGCACAACUUAUCUUUAAAUAAAAGUUUUUUAAAAGUUGAAAAAGCACCAAACAUGGGAAAGGGAUCUCUUUGGCGUGUAGAGCAACAUCAAAGGCCAAACUUAAUUCAAGCUCUAACUCGAUCUCCAUUUUACCCAUGCCCAGCCGUAGAUAAAUUGUCAAAUUACAAAAAUUCAAUAAAUGAAAAGGAAGUAACCAAUGAAUCAUAUAAUAUGAAUGAUUUAGAAAGUCCACCAACAACCCCAGUAAAAUCUAACCUUGAUGCUAAACUUUUCCCAAAGUUAUCUAAAUUAAUGAAGGAAAUGGGAAAUGUCCAAAAUGAAAUUAAUUCAACUUUUCCUGAAAAUGGAAUUGAGGUUGAGUCAUUGGAACAAAGUGAGUAUCAAUCAGAUUUGUCAUCUUACAGUCACAAUGUUAGUAGCAACAAUAGUAGUGUGGAUGGAUUUUUCCCUCAAAAGGGAAACUCAACCCCAAAUUAUGACAAUAUGGAGAAAUUAGCUAGAGACUGUGGAGCUGACAGCAUAGAUGACGUAAAUGCGGCGACUGCGAUGCUUGCUUUGAAGCAUGGUUCAAAAAUUUUUAAUGCUGAUAAUUUUAGUAAUGGAACUCCAGUAAUUACAAAUUCACCAAGCGCGGAUCAUACAUAUUCUGCUGGCAAUAGUAACAGCCCAAAUGAAGUAAAUAAUGGCAAUUGCAGUAAUAGUAUAAGUUUCGAUAUCGGAAUUAAAAACGGAAGUGACAAUAUAAGUACAUGUGCCUCAUCGGAUGCAGCAUAUGAGAGUAGCGAUGAAAGUCAUAAUCUUACACCGGAUGAGUUAGAACAUCAACGUCGUGUAGAAGGAGUUGAUGCUCUUCUGUCCCUUUCAUCUAUUUAUUCCCAAUCAACAAUAUCCAAUGGUAAUUUAAAACGUCCAGCCAUUGAAUUCAUUGAAGAACGUGGACCUUAUUUAGAAAAUAUCCCGCAUAUGAAUGGUAAAAACAUUUUAUCCACAAAUAGUGUUGACGAAGGUUACAAUACCCAAGGGAAUUAUAGUCAUAUAACAUUUUCAGCAACUCCUAUCUCACUGAUAAAUGUAGUAACACCUACAACAUCAGGUCCACCACUUCCAAAAAAAAUGAGAUCUUCACGUUUACGUGCUAAAAUAAAACAAAUUAAACGUAAGACAGCUUCUUUAAGAUAACAAUGCUAAAUGAAAAUUUAUAACUUUUUCAUUUUGUUAUAUGUAUACAUAGUGGAAAUUAUUUAUAAUAAAAUUAAUCGCACAGUUUAUAAAAAAUAAUUAAAAAAGGAAAUUGUUGAUUUAGAAAGCAAUUUAUAUAGGUAUUCGGUGAGUGGUAUUUCAAACAUUUGUAGGCAAAAAUUGUGCUUAUUUUUAAAAUUUUUUUUCUUUUGUUAUGUUUUCUAAAUAAAAUAUUUUUAAGAAUUGAAAAAUUUGAAUUAAUCCUUAGCUUAUUGGAAAGUGCUUUCUCUUUAUUUUUUAGAUAAUAAUAUGCUAAGUUCUAACAAUAUCUUGAUCAAGCUAAGUCAUUGUAAUAAAAUAUAAAAGAUUAACGUAAUUUCAUUCAAUAGUUUUAAAUACCAUUCAUUGAAUUUUCUAUGUCUAUACAUUUAAAAUAUGCCGUAUAUGUGUAUGUAAUU